GCAAAUGUAACUCAAAUUCCAUGAAUAUUUUUUCUCUUUCCUUGCCCCUAUCUUCUGACUAGCUCUAAAAGUCAGCGAUGAGGGGGAAAGCUCAUAGGAAGUGGGAUGAGGAACUCAUCAUGCUCCUGGGAACCUCCUGGGGAAGUAGAAGUUUCCUAGUAUAGCUGGGAAGCAGUUUUAUUUCCCCUGUUCUCUCCCUGCCUUGGGGCUUGAUUAUCUCUCUGAGCAAGUUUUAUCCUAAUGCCAAAAGGCUUGUAGUUUAGGGGCUGCACAGUCUGCUCGCCAUCACGGUCCUGAGGGAGUGGAGUGAGGCAGGUGCCCUAGACCUGGAGUGCCAGUCUGAGGCUGGCAGAACGUUGGAGAAGCUCAGUGCUUGUGGUGGAGAGGCCUAGCCAGUGAGUUGGGCCAAAAGAGACAGACAGAAUGGAUAGCACUGAUAUAUUGGCCUACAUUUUCUUUGUCUAGCCAAUAAGGUCCCAAUCCAAAGCCCACUGAAGACUUCCAUUAGCCUGAGUGGAUUUUGGAUCAGCCCCUAAGUGUAACCCUCCUCUAGGUCCACAUGCAUGAGCCCACAUUCUCCUAGCGGACCCCUGGCCUAUCACUGUAUUUUAUACAUAGCUAUAAGAAUUCCUGUGGAGCUGUAGAGAUUUAGUAGUGAUAUCUCCCCACCUAGCUCCAGUGAGUGUUGUGAGGACUAAUUAGGAUUAGUUUUUGUUUGCAAAGAGCUUUGGAGAUGAAGCACCACAUAAGUGCUAAGUAUCAUUACCAAGGUUUUUUUUCUCAAUUAAACCUGUUCUCCUGGAUAGUCCAAUAUAUACCUGAUACAUUGCUUCUGAGCUCAGUUAUUGUACUGGGGGAAGAGAUCAGAUGCAGGGGCUGGUGUGGAAAGGGUUUCCCUAGGCUGGUGUUUUAUGUGAAGGGGAAGUGGAAAAAUGGGUUGUCUUUGGCCACAAGGGUUCUUAUGUUUCCAUCUCUCAUGAGACAGCUUCGUCACAAGGGGGUUUAAAAGUUCUCUGCAACUUGCUUUUCUUUCUUUGUGGCUGAUGAAAGAUCAACGGACUCUUAGUGGACUGGCCAGCCUGGGUUGCUGUAUGGUUGCUACAGUAACAGAUUUCUCUGUGAAUAAGGAGCUAACUUUGCAGGCUCUUCUGCAACAAAUCCUUUCUGCUGAUGGGGGUAUUGAGAGUAGCUGUCUCACCAUACAGCAGUUUCUGUUGGUAAGAUUGGUUGAUGCAUCGGGACCACACAGCCAUACAAGGACCUGAAGCCUAGAAAAAAGCUGCCAACGCACAAGCUGAAAAAGAAGCAGGAUGGGCUGUAGCAGAAACUGUGGGCUACUCACGGGGGCUAUCAUUGGUGCAGUGCUGGCUGUAUUUGGAGGUGCCCUCAUACCACUUGGAGAUUACGUUGUUAACAGGACAAUAAGAAAGGAAGAUGUCAUCGAAAAUGGUACAAUAGCUUACGAAAACUGGGUUGUGCCAGGGAGUCCUGUUUACAGGCAGUUUUGGUUCUAUGAUGUGCAAAACCCUCUGGAAGUGAUGAACAAUGGAUCACGGCCAAUACUCAAACAAAUUGGACCUUACACAUACAGGAUGCGAUAUUUACCCAAAGAAAAUAUCACUCAACAUCCUGACAACACCGUGUCCUAUAUGCUGCCAAAUGUUGCUCGCUUCGAGCCUGAUAUGUCAGUUGGGCCAGAAAACGACACCUUUACCUGCAUCAAUCUCGCUGUUGUUGCUGCACCUGCCCUGUAUCAAAACUCUUUUAUACAGAUAUUGCUAAAUACAUGGAUCAAGUCAUCUAAAUCGUUCAUGCUACAAACCAGAAGUGUGAAAGAAAUUCUUUGGGGGUAUGAAGACCCAUUCUUAAAGAAAGUGAUAUUUCCUGUGGAGCGAACAAUUGGUGUCUUCUACCCUUAUAAUGGCACAUCUGAUGGACAGUACAGAGUCUUUAAUGGGAAAGAUGACAUAAGCAAAACUGCAAUAAUUCAAUCCUAUAAAAACAAAAGCACUCUUUCCAUCUGGGCUGACCAGUGUGACAUGGUCAAUGGAACAGAUGGUGCAUCAUUUCCUCCUUUUGUAAGGAAGGACCGGAUCCUGCACUUCUUUUCCUCCGAUAUUUGCAGAUCUACCUAUGGCAUAUUUGACAGUGAGCAGAUUGUGAAGGAAAUCCCCCUGUAUCGUUUUACAGUUCCUCGUGCAGCAUUUGCAUCUCCAUUAGAAACUCCAGAAAAUAAAUGCUUCUGCACAGAAGAGGUUCAUUCAAAGAACUGCACAACAUCUGGGGUCUUGGACAUUAGCACCUGCAAAGAAGGAAAACCUGUGUAUAUUUCACUUCCCCAUUUUCUGUAUGCAAGUGAAGAUGUGUCCAAGAAUAUUGAAGGAUUGAGUGCAAAUAAGGAUGAACACGAGACCUUUUUAGAUAUAGAGCCUACCACUGGGUUUACAUUACGAUUUGCCAAAAAGCUGCAAAUAAAUUUACUGGUGACGCCAGCACCAAAAAUCGAUGCUUUAUCAAAACUUACAAGAUCCUAUAUCUUUCCUAUUCUUUGGCUGAAUGAGACGGCGACUAUUGAUGAUGAGAAAGCAGCAAUGUUCAGAUCGAAAGUGAUCUCUCCAAUGAAACUGCUGCACUUGCUGCAGGUGGUGCUGAUCAUAGUCGGUUGUGUGAUGUUCCUAGUGUUCACAGUCUCAUAUUUGAUAUGCCGAUCGAAUAAAUUAAGUAACAAAGAAGUUUACUUGUAGGUGAUAAUUACUUCAAAUUUCACACAAGGAGUUUGUAAAAUUCAGUGGCAAAACAAUCUGGUCUUAUGUUACCGUUUAUACACAUAAACACACUAUGGAAUGAAUGUGAAGAAUGUACAGAAUCCAGCUUCUCAACCAGCAACACCUGAUGUUUCAAAAAGCCCAUUUUUACAACUUCAUUGAAGAGGCCACAACAAUAUCAUAUUCUGAAACCACUAUCAUGGUACAAACCUCUAUUACAAAUAGCAUAUUAGCAGGUGAAAACUGAAAUCCAGUUUGGAAUCCAAUCCACUUUCUGCCAUUUAUACAACUUGCUAGUUCGCUUCUCUUGAGACUGUGAGAAUAGGAGUAAAAGCCAGUUGCUGAUGUUCUGGUUCUAAGUAUGUGGGAUGGUGACCUCAUCAAGCUCAUGCAGUGCCCUAGAAGUUAUUUUUUUCCCAUUCCUUCAAGCAGUGGAAGUUGCUGCAGUAGAACUGCUCUCCUCUCUUCAGAGAUGUGAAUUUUAAUGACUAUAAAGUUUAUUAUGUAACGUGGUUAACCAUAGUAUCUGAAUGUCAAUAAAGGGUUUCUGAAAAGCUUUAUUUUAAACUAUGCAUGUACAGACAUCAACAAAAUACAUGCAUGAAUGCUAACAGUGGCUGAUGCAUACCGACAGACGGCUUCCUUUCAAAACAUUUGUGCAGCAGCCCAUCCCUGUCCUUGGUCUGCUGUGCUCUCCUCCACUCUUUUCACUGGAACUGCUGCUUUUUUUUCUGGCACUUCCUUGGCCAAUAGCUAGGACCCUACCAAAUUCACGGCGGUGAAAAAUGCAUCACGGACCGUGAAAUCUGGUCUCCCCCGUGAAAUCUGUAUAGUAUAGGGUAAAAGUACAGAAAAGACCAGAUUUCACAGGGGAGACCAGCGUUUCUCAAACUGGAGGUCCCAACCCAAAAGGGGGUUGGGGGUAGGGAGGGGGUUGCAAGUUCAUUGUAGGGAGUUUCCGGUAUUGCCACCCUUACUUCUGCGCGGCCUUCAGAGCUGGGUGACCAGAGAGCGGUGGCUGCUAGCUGGGCACCCAGCUCUGAAGGCAGUGCCGCCGCCAGCAGCAGCGCAGAAGUAAGGGUGGCGAUACCACGACCCUCCUACAAUAAUCUUGCGACCCCCCUGGACCUCCUUUUUGUUUCAGGACCCCUACCGUUUCAACAUGGUGAAAUUUCAGAUUUAAAUACCUGAAAUCAUGAAAUUUAUUAUGUUUAAAAUCCUAUGGUCAGGAAAUUGACCAAAAUUUGGUAGGGCCCUACCGAUAGCAUUUCCCCGUGCAAAAUAAAUUCUGCUUCUCUCAGUCCCUUUUGUCAAGUGUCCUCCGCCAUUAGCUUAACACUUAGGGGACAAAGGGACUCUUGCUUCUUCUCAGAUUUCCCCCAAACGAGCAGCAGAUUCCAGGCCUGCUUCAUCUCCUCCACAGGCAGGAGCAGAUUCUAGAGAAGACCGGCAGACCCGCUAACAUCACCAUGACCCAUGGCUUUGGUAGAGUAUCAGGCAGUCCCACUCUCCAGAUGUAGAAGAACACAAAGGAAGGAGGUGUCCACAAGCCCAUUCCCUUUCAGGCUACGUGUUACAGCUGUACAUGCACAAACAGCUGUUUAACAGGAAAAUUCAACCUGGGUGCUCAUCCUGUAGCCACUGAAGUCAAGGCAGGCUGUUGGAUUGACUUCAGUGGAUGUGGAUCAGGUGUCUGGUGAGCUCCCUACAACUCACUGUGAUGUCAACUGGUCAAAUCCUGAGAGAGUCAAUUCCCUCACUGGAUUCAAUGAGAGCUGCGCGAGUGCUCUGCACUUCUCAGGACUUGUUUGAUUUGUCCUCGAAGGUGACUUGCAAAGGAAAAAUAAAUACUGAGGUCAUAUUCACAGAAAUAGAGCCUAAAAUGUUUAACACCCAGGUCUGGCAUGCUGAAACAUUGCUCACAGCUGGUGGUGGGAAGGGAAAGAAAUUGAUUGAAAUGCUAUUGUAUGUUUACAGAAUAUUGUGCUUGGAUUAAAACAUUUAGCUCCCACUGAAGUCAGCAAGAACUGACCAGGUAUAUUGAAUGGUACAAUCUGACCCUUUGUACCAUGACCCUUUUUAACAGAUGUGCAAUAAGCUGUCAAUUCUAACUUUACUUUAGCAUUUGCCCCAAAGUGCAGUAAGAGCUGUAUACAUACAAUACUAUUCUUUCCUUUGAGGUUAGCGUAUGUUAAUAUUGAUAUAUAAUAUAUCAAGCACUUGGAGAUUUUUUUUUGUCAGUAUCCUGGAGUCAGAGCCAUGUGGCUAGGUAAAAGCAAGCCCACUAAUGAAAUACUGAGAAAAGCACACAGUGUGCAUUGGUAACUACGAUAAACAUAACCACAAGGAAUUAGAGCUGGUAGAAUUAUUAACUUCUAAUGGUGGGCCAGAUCCUCAGAUGGUGUAAACUGAUGUAUGUCCAUUGAAGUCAAGAGAGGCAAAUUGCUUUACAGCAAAGGAGCUCUGUCCCAAUGAUUCUUGAACAAUUUAGCUCUGUUCCUCUUUGCUAAACAUUUGCAUCCUGAUCUUGAUUUCUGGUAACAUAUUGCUUUGUGUAAGUUCUUCCUCAAUAGGUUUUGUGAGCAAAUUGCAACCCAUGUGUCUCCCAUAAGCUGUUUAAGCUGAGUCUGUUCUCCACUGCUUUGUACCUUGUGUACUCAUUUAAGUCUGCAAAAUUAUCGGAAAGAGGCUGCCCUGCCAGAUCUUGAGCUAUAGCCAGGGAAUGUUUCCAGAAGCUCAGGAUCAGGAAGCAGGGAAAAAGGUGCCUUUAAACUACUUUCAUAUCUCCUGAUCCUGGAGCAGUCUGUGUAUUGGUCGGGACCUAGGCACAAAGUUAACUUGCACUAGUUGCUAACAACCCUAAGGAGCUGUUCUGGCAGCAAAGGAUUGCUGAGGUCCAGGGACUCCAUUAUCAUACUUCCUUUCCCCGCACUUUGAAUGCUACACUAAUUUCUUUGGGUUAUUCAUUGUGACAGACUGGCCCUUUGGACAGUUGGAUGUAACUUACAACAGUCCUAAACUGCUCUAAUUUACAGUAGAGACUGGCCAAGCACCAGGACAGGAUCAUGGGGGCAUAAAAGUUGCUGGAAGCCAGUAAGAUACUUUUACCCCUUCUCUUGAGCUGAACCAAGCUCAGCUCUACCAUAGCUCAUGCUCUGACCCCAAGUCCCACACAACAACUAGUCUUUUCGUGCCAUAGUCUAAGGGUGAAAUUCCAGCCCCUUUGAAGUCAUUGGCAAAACUCCUGUUGACUUCAAUAGGGUAAGGAUUUCACCCUAAAAUGUUGGCUUGAUGUCUAUUGCCAGCAAGUCAAAUUUUCCAAGCUUAGUGUCUGUUGCAGCUGUGGUCUAGAAUGCCAUCCCAUGGUUUUAAAAUCUUAGGGCCCAGUCAUACAUAGACAUAAAUUGCUUUAAUCCCAUUGGUCUCAGUGCAAGAUUGAGCUGUUAGGUGAUAUUCACCAUCUAGCCUGCACUUGGAGUAUGAUUAGCAGUUAUUUUGGUCAGGGCACUGUUUACAGAGAUUCUAAAUUAAUGUACUGAAAACAAUGUUCAUAAGUUAAUUAUAUAUGUUUGUACUUGAGUUACCGAUAAGCUUUCCAUUUCUCCUUGUUAAGCCACAUACCGCAUAUGCAUUUAUGACCAGUGUUUCCAACCCUUACAAGUG